AUGUAAACUCUGCUCUCAUUUCAACCUAGCGCUAAAAUUAUUCAAAAUAACACAAUGAUAUAAUCUGAUUAAAACCAACAAUCUCUAGAGAAACAUCAAAAUAUGGAUGUUAUCAAUAGGCAUGAAUACUUUUCUAAUUCUAAAAUUGUGAAAAUCGAUUUCUCUAACUAUCCAUGCUAUUAAAGAAUGUUUUAACAGCUUAAACAGAAAUAUUUGUAAACCAAUAGUUUAGAUACUUGUUAGGAUCUUUUCGCCAAUAAAGACUUAAUUUGUGAUGUAGAAAUCUAAGAAGCUCUUUAAAAUGUUUAAAGUGACUAUCAAUUUGAAAUUCAAAAUGACAGAAAUAAUCAGCAAGAUGUUGAUAUGGAAGAUCUUGAUCCUACUUUUAGCUAAUUUUCAGUGAUUGUAGAAUCUAAAGCUAGUAAUUGA